AAGAUCCUGAAGGAGCUGAUUGAGCCUUAUGAGAAGAGAGCUAAUGAACUGGGACAGUUCCUGGUCGAUGUGAAGCCGUCUCUUAUAUAUGACAUAGUGCCUAUAUCAGAUCCUUAUGGCCCUUCAAUAACUGACCCGGACCUGAAAUGCAUUGGGUGGUCAGUGAAGAGACUCGUAAGGGAGGACUCUCUGUGAACAGGAGGCGUCUAGAAAAUGGGCUCGAAGAACUGGAUGUUCAUGAGAUCAAGCUGGUCACAGAUCCUCAACACUCCAAAAACGAAGAGGAGAAAAUUAGCUCAUCCAGCCUCAGGAACAGAUUAUUAGGGACCCUGCUGAAACCUCCAGCUGUGAACCCCAGUAUCCCAUCUCGGCCUUACAUCAUUGGUUUAACAGGAGGCAGUGGUAGUGGGAAGUCUUCCAUUGCAAAAAGGCUGGAGACCCUUGGAGCUGCUCUCAUAGAUUGUGAUACAUUAGGACACGAAAGUUACAGGCCUGGAGGACCAGCAUACCAGCUAGUCAUUGAUGAGUUUGGCUCA